AGAUAUAGUGAAUGCGGGGUCCGGGGAGACCAGAUAUAGUGAAUGCGGGGUCCGGGGAGACCAGGUUUAGGGAAUGCAGGGUCCGGGGAGACCAGGUUUAGGGAAUGCAGGGGUCCGGGGAGACCAGAUAUAGUGAAUGCAGGGGUCCGGGGAGACCAGAUAUAGGAAUGCAGGGUCCGGGGAGACCAGAUAUAGUGAAUGCAGGGUCCUGGGAGACCAGAUAUAGUGAAUGCAGGGUCCGGGGAGACCAGAUAUAGUGAAUGCAGGGUCCGGGGAGACCAGAUAUAGUGAAUGCAGGGUCC